AUGCUCGGUCCCAAGACUGCCCGCGUUUUCAUUCGUAGGAGGAAGCAUGACGAGAAUCCAGCAGACAAGAAAGAGCAGAAAGAAAUCACGUUCACACUCGACAUGCUUGAGUCUCUUUUGUCUCUUCGUCAAGUAGAUGCAGCAAGGCACCUGGGGAUUUCACUCACAGCACUCAAGAACGCUUGCAAAUACUUGGGAAUCGAUAAUUGGCCCAAGGCUAGACAGAAGCUUGCUGCUCUACCUUCAGGGGAAAUUACGAAGAACUCUCCGCCUGUGCAGUCAACUUCUAACUGUGGUUCAGCGGAACGCGCUGCUGCGGAACAGGUGUAUCCUUUCUUGGAUUGUCCAGCAUGGGAUUUCUGGCAACGUUCUUCAGACAGAGGGGGGACGGAGAACAAUACCAACGACUAUAUUAGACGGCCCUGGGGGGUUCAGAGUCUUGAAUUGGAAGAAUUAAUGGACGAAGGCAUAUCACAUACGACGAAAUCCUAA